AUGAUUUUUUUGAUUGACAGUAAAUCCAUAUUAGAUUGCAGAACAUAUAGUAUAAUAAGACCUCAUUAAUUUGAUGUUGUUGCCAUUUUAGAGUAUUUUAAAUAACAAUUACAAACAGCUGAAUCAAAAGAAGAAUAAAAGACUGUUUUAUUUGAUAAACUAAAGACUUUAGCUAAUGUCUUAUUAAAUUCAAAUAAAUCAUAAAUUUUAAGAUUAAUACAAGCCUUCACUUAUAAAUCUUCUGAAAAUAAAUAGAUUUUUGAAACAUUUCAGUCUAGUUCUUGUUCAUAAUGGUUUAUAGAAUAGCUUUAUGUUGAUUUAGUUUAAAUUAUUUUUCAACAAUAUCUAAAAAAUGACUAAUAAUUUAUUGGACUAUUCUUAAAAAAGAUUAUGAAUUUAUAUGAGUUGGACAUCCAAGUUUAGAAUGGAUAAUAUAAAUAUACAGAAGUUUAAGAAAAUAAAAAUGAGAAUUUCAAUAAGGUUGCUUAAUCAAAUUAAAAAUGCUUAAAUAAUAAUGAAAAAAGGAUUUAAUAAGAUUAAAUAAAUUAAUUUAAGUCUAAAAUAGAUGAUUGUAUUAAAGAAAAUAAUAUAAAUUAAAUACUAGAAGAUGAUCAAUAAGUAGAAACAAAUUCUCAUAUUGCUAAAAAUAAUAUAAAAACUAAAAAACAAUCUAAAAAAUAAAUUAAAGAUAAUAUAGAGAAGCAAAAAAUAUAAAAUUUCAAUUAAGAUACUAAUUUAAUUUAAUCUAAUCCUCCAUGCUCUAAUUAAUAAGGAUAAGGCAGUUCUAGCUUAGAAUUUUAGAAAUAAUAGGAUUAAAUUAAUGACAUAAUAUCCAAUAUCAUUAGUAAAAAGUCUAUUGAUUCUGAAAAUUUAACUGAAGAAUAUCCUAUAUAAAAAGAAUAAUUGUAAAAAUAAGAUAUUUAAUUAACUUAUGAAGAAAUUUAAAUGUAAAAUCAUGAUAAUUAGGAAAUUUUAAAUAAAAAUAAUAAUUAAAAUAUUAAAUCAAAUUACUAGAUACCUGAAAAUGAUUAAUAAAAUAUAAAUAUAUAAUAAUAUACAAGUUUGGAAGGAGUAUAUGAAUUGUUAGAGUACUAAUAUUGUUUUGAUAGUUGGUGGCCAGAAUUUAGGGCUGAAUGUAUUAAGUGUAAAAAUAAAGAAGAUUUAUUUUAAAUUCUAAAUUAAAAAGCUCCUAUAUUAAUGGAAAAAUGGACUAAAAUAGCAGAAAAAUCAGAUAGUGAAAUAAUUGAGAGACUUGAAGAAAGUGAUUAAGAAAAAUAAGAUAAAUAAUAAUUAAAUGAUUGUUUAAUAUUUUAAGAAUAAGAUAAAAAUGAUACUUUAGAAAAAUCAUCAAAAUUGGAAAGUGAUAAAAAUAUUACAAUGAAUAAAGUUGAUAAACCAUAAGAGAAUAUUGAUAAGUUAUAGAAUAAUUAACAAAUAUAAAACUAAGGUAAUUAAACUGAAUCAAAUAAUGUACAAAGUAAUUAGCUAUUUAUAAACCAAGAAUUUAUGUAAGAUAAUAGAUUUAGCUAAGAAUUUAAUGAUAGUGGAUUAUUUAAUCUAAACUAAUAAUAGAAUUUAGAAAAUCCAAAUUUCUCUGAUUUAUUUGUUCUUUCUCCUUCAAAGAAAUCUUCUGUAAAUUAUUGCAGUGAUGAAGAAAACUUUAUAUUUAAUAAAGAUAAUGAAGAAAUUAAUAAUUCAAAUUAAAGUUAAUCUGAUAGUGUUAUUUUAGAUGAAAAGCAAACAAAAAAGAGUUUAAUUACAAAUCUUGAAUAAUUUUAUAAAUCAAAACUUGUUGAGAAUCAACCUUAACAUAUAUUUCCAGAACUUGAAUAUAUGGGUGAUACUUAGAAGAUGGUUGAGAAAUUGUUAUUUUAUUUAGAUUUUGAAAAUCUUGAUAUUUAAAUAGAAGAUUUUUUAUCUUAACCUACAAUUAAUCCAUCAAAAAUGUUAUAAGAAUUUGUUUUAACUACUUAUAAUAUAAUCAAACAUAUUACAAUUCAUAAAUAUUGUACAAUAAUUGAAGUUAAAAAAGUUGAAAAAGAAUAUUUAGGUUCUGUGAUAAUAUGUUAAGUCAAUAAUAAUAACAAAGAAAUUAAGAAAUACAAAGGACCAUGUUUAGAUAUUGUAAAUAUCAUCACAAGAUUAAUUGCAAUUAAGAAACUUAAUAAUAAAUUCUUUAGUGAAGGUCUAGAAUCAAUAAGUUUAUUUUAGAUUGUAAUGUCAAUCAUUAAAAGAUUAAUCCCAGGCAAAGGUUUAUAUAAAGAAAUAACAGAAAAAUAUAAGAAAAUUAAAAGUCCUUAUGAUAGACAUUUGGAUAAAAUUGUUAUUGUAAAAACUAAAAAACAAUUUUCAGAAUUGGCUUUAAAUUAAUAAAAUUCUAAACUAGAUAAGUCUGAAAAUAAAAAAUAUGAUUCAAAUAAAUAAUCUUCUUCAAAAAGAAAAAAUUAUGAUAAAAGAAACGAUUAAAGAGAUGGUUAAUAUUAAAUAAAAAAUAAAGAAAGAAAUUAAAUCAAAAAUAAAAAAGUUAAUUACUAUAAGACUUAAAAUUAGAAUGAAUCGAAUAAAACAUUUUAACAGAAUUAAAAUAAUUAUGAUGAUUAAGAUUAUUCCUAUGAUUAAUCACCCUACAAUUACAAUCAGUAAAAUUAAUAAUAAUAUUAAAAUUAGCAAUCAAAUUAAUUUUAAAAAUCAUCCUAAUAUAAGACAAUUCCUAAUAGUUAAAAUCAACCUUGUUAAUAAGGUUAUUAAGGUACAUCUAAAAAUAAUCAAUAAUAAUAACCUAAAUUUUACUAAUAAUCAACUUAGAAUUAAUAUGCCUACAAUAUGCCUUAUCAUCCUAAUAUUUAAGAAUAAUUCCAAUAUUAGAAUUAAUAUUACUUUAAUAAUUAAAAUGAAAUGCAUAUGAAAACAUAACCUUAUUUAAAAAAAAAGUCAUAAAAAAUAUAAAAAGGAAAUUAUAAAUAAAACCAACACUAUUAGCAUUAGUUUUAAACUUAAAAAAAAAUUCCAUAUAAUCAAUCGAAUAAUUAAUAUGAUUAAUUUUAUUAUCCUCAAUAAAUAAUGGAAUCAAAUGAAGACUAUGUAAAAUAGAAAUAAAGAAAAUAUGAUUAUCAUCAAUAAAAUGAUUUUUAUCAGAAUUAAGGAUAAUUUAAUUAAUAGUAACUUAAUUAAGAAAAUUAAUAUUUUAAUUAAUCAUCAUAUACUUAAAUAUAACCUUAAAAUUACUAACGACCAAUAGAUUUUUAAAUUAUAUAAAAAAUGGUAACCAAACUUAUGGGAGAUAAAGUGCAAUGA